AUGAUCCACCACAGGGCCUACAACGCCACGGCUUGUGGUGAUGGCUUCCUCGGCCCAGGUGUCUGGGCUGAGGGCUGUCGAGGCGGUUUCGACUUCACAUUGUCUUUCGAAGAAAGCAUCUUAUCUGUUCUUCCCUCUGCUCUGUUUCUUCUGCUUUCGAUCCCAAGAACCGUCUAUCUCCUGCGAACCCCUGACAAAGCAAAGCGUCGAUCAGCAUACACACCAAAGCUUAUUGUAUCAAGUGCAUAUGCAGGCAUCCAGGUUGGAUGUCUAGCCCUCACAGCCUCCUCGCGACACCUCGACACAAGAUUUUCCAUCGCCGCCGCCGUUCUCAGCCUCGUCGCCGCAUGCUGCAUCGUCCUUCUUUCGCAUAUCGAGCACGUCAAAUCCAUUCGUCCAUCCUUCCUCCUGACCUCGUAUCUCUUCACCACUCUCCUUUUCGAUGCCGCCCGUUUACGAACAGAAUGGCUUCUCUCGGUGAAUGUCGCGUACGCAGCGGUGCUCUCAACCUCGACAAUCUUAAAGCUGGCGUUGCUGGUGUUGGAAAACAUCGAAAAGAGGCGAAUCUUGUUGGACUCGAACAAAAGCCCGUCAACGGAGAGCACGAGCGGGCCCUUCAACCGCGGCUUCUUCGUUUGGCUCAACUCGCUACUCAUUACUGGCUGGGCGACAGUCUUGACACUCCACGAUCUUCCCGCCAUUUACGAAAAGCUUUCAUCUGAAAAGCUUGCUGUGAUUUUCUCGAAACGAUGGGAUAAGGUCACUCGUGGCGGACGAAGAGCCUCUCUCUUUCUCAACACCGUUUGGAUCCUCAAGCUCGAAAUUGCCGGUAUCGUGAUUCCUCGUUUGGCCGUAGUUGCCUUGACAAUUGCCCAGCCUUUCCUCGUAUCUCAAGCGCUGCGAUUUCUGUCCAUGCCCAAGGAUGAGCACUCUGACAAUAUCGGUUACGGCUUGAUUGGUGCUUUUGCCUUUGUCUUUAUCGGAUCUGCUAUUUUGACGGCGUGGUACGAGCAUCUUACUUUCCGAGUCGGCGCCAUGAUCCGAGGUGGCCUGAUCGGUCUCAUCUACCGCAAGAUAUUGAGGCUCUCAACCAGCGACUUAAACGAAUCUUCUGCACUGGCUCUUAUGGGCAACGACAUUGAGACUCUAGCCGAACGUGCAAACGCUUUGCUCAUCGAAGCGUAUGCCAACUCUCUUACAGUCGGUCUUGCUGUCUAUAUGCUGUACGCGCAAUUGGGUCCCGUUUGCGUUGCUCCAAUUGUUAUGGCUAUUGUCUCCAUUGUGCUCUGCUGGUUUAUUGGAAAAAUUCUCGUCAAACGCCAGACCGUCUACCAAAAAGCAACGCAGGACCGCAUCAAUUUCACCUCCGAAGUGCUUGGCUCCAUUAAAGCUGUCAAGAUGCUGGGUUAUACUGAGCGUUUCACCGACCUGCUCGAAGAUAAGCGCGAUCAGGAUCUGAAUGUUGGUAAACACUACCGAGAGAUGAUUGUAUGGGCCAACACAGUCGGAAAUGCCAACGUCAGCUUAACCCAGGCUGCCACCUUCGGAGCCUACGCCAUUGUCGCCAAGCUCAGUAACAACCAGUCCUUCUCCGCAUCGCAGGCCAUCACUGCGCUGUCUAUUCUCAACGUCAUGGUAAACCCGCUCAGCUUCCUCCUCGGCAACAUUUCGGCCGCCUACGCCGCCUUCGGGUGCUUCAAGCGUAUCCAGGACUUCCUGCUGCUCGAUGAAAGAAUCGACAGCCGGCAGAUAAGUCCGCAGCUGGGAGUCCCCGCAAAGAAUGAGGAAGCCGAAUCACGCAGAAGCAGCAUGGAGCUCCGUCCGCUUGAUCGUUAUACCGAGGAAGGAGAGCGCAUCUUUAUUUCCGAGGGAGACUUCUCAUGGAAAGAGAAGAAAGUACUGAGCAACAUCAACGUAUCUUUCUCGCAGACACAAUCCGGAUCUCUGACUACGAUUGUUGGCCCGAUCGGUUCAGGAAAAUCGAGCUUGCUCAAGGCCAUCCUUGGCGAAGCAGACUCGACCGGAGGAAGAAUCUCACUGUCAACGCCGAGUAUCGCUUUCUGCGACCAAACCCCCUGGGUGAUGAAUGCGACAAUUAGAGAUAACAUUGUGGCCGAAUCCGGUUUCUUCGAAGACAAAUGGUUUGAUACUGUCGUCGAAGCUUGCGAUUUGGCUCAAGACUUUGCGCGGUUGCCGGACGGUGUUUCAACCGUUGUUGGAGACAAGGGAGUGAAGCUUAGCGGAGGUCAAAAGCAGAGACUUGCAAUUGCGCGUGCCGUGUAUGCCCGCAAGCCUGUCGCCAUGUUUGACGAUGUCUUCAGUGCAUUGGACAAGACCACAGAACGCAUCGUAUUUGCUCGAGUAUUCAGCAAAGACGGACUCCUCCGUCGCAGCCGCACCACUAUCAUUCUAGCAACUCAUUCCGUCCACCUCCUGCCCAGCUCCGACCACAUCAUCGCCCUUGGCCAAGACGGUCAAGUUAUCGAGCAAGGAUCCUUCGCCAAACUUCGAUCCAGCGGCAAAUACAUUCAGAGUCUCGACAUUACCGAUCCACACUCCGGUGACGAUAGCAGUGAUGAAGACAGCCCCAAGAAAGACGUUGUCGAGGAGAUUAAGAACCUCGUUCAGGUCAGCGAAGAAGCCGAGCAAGAAAAUGAAGCCGAGCAGCCGGUAUCAAGCGACCGCAGCACGUUCAAAUACUACUUCUCCGCGAUGAGACCCCUGAGUUUGGCUGUGGGUGGUGCAUAUAUCUUCGGUCAAGCUUUCUCUUCUGCCUUUAGGGCCGUCUGGCUUACUUGGUGGGGUGAUGGCCGAGGACGAUCCAGCAACGAUGUGGGUUACUGGCUGAGCAUUUUCACUUUCAUGGCCGUCAUAGAAGCUGUUUUGAUCUCACUCGCAAUCAUGCAUUUCUUAUUGAUUAUUGGACCUACUGUCAGCAAGAAAUUUCACACCAGAAUCUUAAACGCAGUUAUGAGAUUCAGCCAAGACUUGCGCCUAGUAGAUAUUGACCUCCCCGUCAACCUCGCCAUCUUCCUCUUCGAUGUCAUGACUUGCAUCAGUGUCACCGGACUGGCCGUUGGAGCAGUCAGUUACUUCGCUGCCGCCCUCCCCUUCAUUAUCGUCAUCCUCCUCCUCAUCCAGCGAUUUUAUGUGCGAACCUCCAAACAACUUCGUAUUCUAGAAAUUGAACACAAAGCGCCGCUGUACUCGCACUUCCUCGAGUCUAUCAAUGGCCUCGCCACAAUCCGCUCCUUUGGCUGGACUCUCCCCUACUCCACCAAGACCCUCUCCCUCCUCGAUAGCGCACAGAAACCCUCAUAUCUUCUCAACUGCAUUCAACGAUGGCUUACACUGGUCCUUGACUUGGUCGUUGCGAUCCUCACCAUCUUGCUCGUCGUCUUUGCCGUAACGCUAAGAGGAAAACUGAAUCCCUCACUUCUGGGCAUUGCAUUGGUCAAUAUGAUGAGCCUAGGUCUUAAUCUCAAGGGCAUCAUCCUGGCAUGGUCUCAGCUAGAAACCUCUCUCGGAGCCGUCACUCGCAUCAAGACCUUUGAAGAAACAACUCCCUCCGAGCUACUCCCCCACGAAAAUUACACUCCCCCCGAGGAAUGGCCUUCUCAGGGCUCCCUCGAAUUCGUCGACUUAUCCGUACAAUAUGAUUCUACUGCCCACCCCGUCCUCCGUAACAUCUCAUUCACCAUCCGUCCAGGCGAAAAGCUCGGCCUCGUCGGUCGCAGCGGCAGCGGCAAAAGCUCUCUCAUCCAAGCUCUCUUCCGCAUGGCCAACACUCCUACCGGCCAAAUCCUCCUUGAUGGCCAAGACAUCACGAAAAUCCCCAAGCCCCUCAUCCGCCAGAAACUCAGCUGCCUCACCCAGGAUCCUUUCCUCUUUACAAACACGAUCCGGUUCAACGCCGACCCGCUCGGCGUUCACUCCGAUGAGGCCAUCGCCGACGCUCUUCAGCGAGCCGCCAUCUGGGACGUCAUCACCUCAAAAAUUGACGGUGGUAAAAACCCCCUCGACGAGAAAAUGGACGAGAAUUUCUUCUCUCACGGACAGCGGCAGCUGUUCUGUCUGGGAAGAGCACUCCUGAAGAAGAGCAGUAUCCUCAUCCUGGAUGAGCCCACCAGCAACAUCGAUAACCAAACCGACGCGCAAAUCCAACGUGUCAUCAAAUCCGAGUUCAAAGACCGCACAGUCAUCAUGAUUGCCCACCGCCUUGACUCAUUACUUGAAUUCGAUACAAUUGCUGUGCUUGAAGAAGGUUCGCUGGCAGAGAUUGGCACUCCCAAAGAACUAUUAAUGGAAGACGGUGGUGUUUUUGCGCAGCUGUAUGAUUCUGAUAAAACUAAUAAGAGGAGGAGAUCAGACGAAAUCUCACGAGAAUAA